UGCACAAAAGCUUGAAGUUUCAUAAAGCUACAGCUUCUUCAACUCCAGGAUUCGAGACGCAAGUAAGAGACUGUUGUGGUGAAGAAGAUGGUUUUUUCUCCUUACCCAGAUUUCGGCUUCACUUUCAACUCCCAGGAUCUCUCUCUUUCUCAACGUCUGGUAAUCCCCAGUGAUUACAGAAUGUACUAUCCAAAUCCUCUGCCUCAGACAGCUGUUCUACGGAAGCCAGAAGGAAACUUCUGGAAUGUCAAAUGGACAAUAAGUCAAGAGGGGACAAUUAGCUUCGAAGAUGGUUGGUCUAAGUUUGUCACAGACAAUGGUCCCAUUCACGGAGACAUUCUCUUAUUCAGCUACGAUGGCUGCCGAAACUUCUUUGUGCGCAUUUACCGGAAUGGACUCGUUGUGGAGACAAAAUCUCCAAUCAAAAUACAGGAAAUUUCAGAUGAUGAUGAUGAAAGGAAUAGUAGUGAUGAUGAUGAUGAUGAUCAUGACAUGGAAAAUGAAGAAGAUAGCAAUGAUGAGAAUAAGAUUAUUUCUCUAUCUUUGGGAAGCAGCGAUGAAGAUGAUGAUGAUGAUGAUGAUGAUGAUACAACACUUGCUGAAGUUAACAAAUCUAAUGGAAGUUCAAAGAAAGGAGGGACUUCGCAAAAGAAACGUGCUGAAUCUAUUGGUGAUCCUGCAAUGUAUCUUGAUGAUCCCACUAACCCUUGCUUUAUCCCAAUUUCGUCGUAUAGGCGUAUGAUGGUUAUUGCUCAGCAAGUAAUAAAAGACCAUGACUUGAAGUUUGGUGAAACAAUCAAUCUCAUCGAUGGAUUUGGGCAAGUGGAGGGAAAAGUUGUAGAGUGGAAAGAUCGUAUUGUGGUUUACAGCUGGGACGAAGUCUGUAAGAGAAACCAUGCAAAGCUCGAAGAUGUAAUCAUAUGUGAGAUUCUACACGAAAGAGGUCUUGUUCAAUCUAUCAAGGCUCAUUUCGUUAAGAAAUGAGGUUUCUAGUUUUAAGUUUAGAUGAAACUUUUGUCUCUAAUGCUUUUAUCGAAACAUAAUGUUUAAUUUUGAAUUUAUGUUAAUCUUUCGUUUUUAGGCUCUUGUGUUUAGCUUUAUGUUAGCCUUUGGAUCUUGAUGAAACUUUCAUGUUUAAUUUCGGAUUUUAAGUUGUGAUCUUUGAAGU